CGGGGCGGGCGGCGGCUACGGCUGAGCCCACCGGCGCCCGGAGGGACGGGGGAGCAGCGGCAACGGGAGCGGCUGCCUGGAGAGGCCGGGGUGCGCGGCGUGAGGAAAAGUGGAGUCUGCUGUGAGGUGAGAAGCGGGUGCCAGGAGAGGGAAACCCCCUCCGCACCCAGGCGGCCUUCCCGUCUCAUCGCCUCGGUGCUUCAGGGGCUGCCCCACCUCGGGGAGCAGGGCCAGGCCCUCGGGAGCACCCCAUCCCCCCAGCCAUGCCUCUCUUCGGCAACACUUUCAGCCCGAAGAAGACUCCCCCCAGGAAAUGCUCCUCUCUCUCCAACCUGCACAUGCUGGAUAGAUCAACCCGUGAUGUUGAGCUGGGCCUGGAGUAUGGCAUCCCCACCAUGAACCUCGCUGGCCAGAGCCUGAAGUUUGAAAAUGGCCAGUGGGUGGCAGAAUCAGGAAACUUCACGGGGGAACGUAAGGAAAUGCAGCGCUUGCGCAAACGCAACCAGCAGCUAGAGGAGGAAAAUAACCUCCUUCGACUGAAGGUGGACAUACUGCUGGACAUGCUCUCGGAGACCACAGCUGAGUCGCACCUGAUGGAGAAGGAGCUGGAGGAACUGAAGCACCACAGUCGGAGGAGGAAAUGAAGAAAAGGAGGAGAUUGGAGGCUGGGGGGGGUGGGAAGCCCUGAGCUUCAGCUGGGGCUGGCCAGGGUCUCCUGGCCGUGCCGGUACUGUGUGUAGGUACUUUAUUUUAUGGGACCAUGUUAUGGGAUUUUAUUUUAAGUGACCAGGUGCCUUCAGCAUUAGGUGUUGCUGCAGGUAUCACGUAUCAGCUGGCUCGGUGCCAUGACUCUAUUAAUUAAAGCUCACGUUGUUUCUCAGACCGCUUUGCCUUGCCACAUUCCCACCCCGCAGCCCAGUGCCUGGUCCCCUCUUUCCUAAUGCAGCCUGAGAGGCUGGUGGAGAAAAUCUGCCUCCAGGGGGGACUGUCUUGCCUCUUGUGCUUGAAACACGGGGCAACCUCUGAAAUCCCUCCAGAUGUAUGGCCCAGGGGGAAACUGUACGGGGGUUGUACAGCGUCACCGCUCGCCUUUGGCCGGCAGGAUUGUUCUCCGGGGUUUUACAGCUUAUAUACAUAAACAUUUACA